CCCUGGUCAGAGACGCCUCUGCAGCAUCCGGACUCUCGUUCAUCAUGGCGAUUGUUGUGAGGAAAAGCGCCGCUAAGCUGCCGGUGAUGUCGGUGCUCCUCGUCCUGCUGCUGUGCGUGCUGCCAGGAGGAGGACAGAAGAAGAAGGAGAACCUGCUGUCGGAGAAGGUGGAGCAGCUGAUGGAGUGGUCCUCCAGGCGCUCUGUGGUCCGCAUGAACGGAGACAAGUUCCGGCGCUUCGUCAAGGCACCGCCCAGAAACUACUCGGUCAUCGUGAUGUUCACCGCCCUGCAGCCGCAAAGGCAGUGCUCCGUCUGCAGGCAGGCCAAUGAGGAGUACCAGGUGCUGGCUAACUCCUGGCGUUACUCCUCUGCGUUCUCCAACAAGCUCUUCUUCACUGUGGUGGACUACGACGAAGGAGCCGACGUGUUCCAGCAGCUCAACAUGAACAGCGCUCCCACCUUCAUGCACUUCCCGGCCAAAGGGAAGCCCAAGCGCGCAGACACCUUCGAUCUCCAGAGGAUCGGCUUUGCUUCGGAGCAGCUGGCCAAGUGGAUCGCCGACCGCACAGACGUGCAGAUCCGUGUGUUCCGUCCUCCUAACUACUCCGGCACCAUAGCUCUGGCUCUGCUGGUGUCCCUGGUGGGGGGUCUGCUGUACCUACGCCGCAACAACCUGGAGUUUAUCUACAACAAGACCGGCUGGGCCAUGGCCGCCCUGUGUGUGGUGUUCGCCAUGACGUCAGGACAGAUGUGGAACCACAUCAGAGGACCACCCUACGCCCACAAGAACCCCCAGAACGGACAAGUGAGUUACAUCCACGGCAGCAGUCAGGCCCAGUUUGUGGCUGAGUCCCACAUCAUUCUGUUGCUGAAUGCAGCCAUCACCAUGGGGAUGGUGCUGUUGAACGAGGCGGCUACCUCCAAAGGAGAUGUGGGCAAGAGAAGGAUCAUCUGUCUGGUGGGGCUGGGCCUGGUGGUGUUCUUCUUCAGCUUCCUCCUCUCCAUCUUCAGGUCCAAGUACCAUGGAUACCCUUACAGCUUCCUCAUUAAGUGAGAGAAGAAAGCGUGGAGGGGAGGAGGACCUUGAAGAGGAGGAAGCACAUUUCUGUUGUGUAGACUGCAUAGUGUUUUCAUCAACUGUUGCUGUCAUGUCCAAACUCCGAACUGAAACUGAAAUAAAUUAUUCUGUCUGUUUACACUGAGUAAAGAA